AUCGGAUAAAUAAAAUCCUUGUGUUUGGAUUUUGUUGGUUGGUUGGAGAAGUUUGAAAAGGUUUUUAAAAUUUAAAAAAUAGGCGACUUAUUGAACAGAAAAUGGCUAGAAACUUAGCUGAGACUGCAAGAAAAUUUCUUCUUUUGGGGCAGUGUGUGCCUACCGUGAAACAAAACGCUGCUAAAAUUAGAGUGAAGAGGUUAGAAUUGGAUGAGAAUUUAUUGAUGUACUUUAGAAAAGAUGAAUUUUUCUAUUGCCAUGAUCCAGAAAAUCUAUGUAAAACUGGUGAUAUUGUUCUAAUACAAGCUCUGCCUCAGAAAUUGACUAAGCUGAUCACUCAUGAGGUGAAGGAAGUUGUUUACCCAAUGGGAGAUAUUACGGAUCCUAUCACAGGCAAGAAGGUAGCAAAGGAAAGGUAUAGGGAAGAUAUUGAAAAAGAAGCUGAAUUGUAUGGAAAGAAAAAAUCUGCAUUCGAUUACACUAAGGCACCCGCAAGAGGCUGGCAAGAUGGAAAGAAAGACUUCACUUCCAAACCAACCUAUACAAAAUACCAUGUUUUUGAUGAAAAUGACCCCUAUGCUAUUUAAGAUCUUAGUAUGUUUGGAUGUUAGGUAAUUAUAAUAUUGCUAGUUUAGA